AUGGGUUUCCUGGAAGAAAGAGAUUUGUCAGGUAUUCCUACUAUACCAGAGUUUUAUAAAGGAAAGACUAUUUUCAUUACUGGUGGCUCAGGCUUUAUCGGCAAAGUGUUAAUAGAAAAACUGUUGUAUUCUUGCACGGAACUAAGCAAGAUAUACCUUCUGCUAAGAAGUAAGAAGAAUGUGAAACCAGAAGACAGAUUAGCAAAUCUUUAUUCCUCUCUUUGUUUUAAUCGACUCAGAUCAGAAAAGCCUGACGUUUUUGGAUCGAAGGUCUUCGUAAUAUCUGGUGAUGUCAUGGAACCGGGACUUGGUUUGUCUCUGGAGGAUCGAGAGCUUCUUAUCAACGAAGUGAAUGUCAUAUUCCACGUUGCAGCAAGUGUCAGGUUCGACGAUCCGUUGAAGUUUGCAAUACAGAUGAAUUUAAAAGGUACUCUGGACACACUCGCUUUGGCGAAAGAAGUAAAAAAUUUAUUUGCGUUCGUUCACGUUUCUACCUCGUACUCCAACACGAACAGGGAUCCCAUAGAAGAGGUUUUGUAUCCUCCCCUAGCUGAUUGGAGGAAGACGUUGGCUAUUUGUGAUUCAGUUGAUGAACACACUUUAAGAGUUUUGACACCCAAGUAUUUAGGAGAAAUUCCUAACACUUACACGUUUAGUAAACAAUUGGCUGAACAUGUAGUCUCUGAGUACAAAGGACAACUGCCUAUCGUGAUUGUUAGGCCAUCUAUUGUGAUAUCCAGUAUAUCAGAACCGAUGCCAGGUUGGGUGGAGAACUUCAAUGGACCUGUUGGAAUAUUUGUUGCUUGUGGAAAAGGCAUCAUGAGGACUUGUCACGUAAAGCCAGACAUCGUCAGCGACUUUAUUCCAGUUGACACGUGUGCUAAGAACAUUGCUGCUGCUGCCUGGGUCAGAGGGACGAAGAGAUUGGAACCAACAGAUGACAUUCCUAUAUACAACUGCUGCGCCGGGAAACUGAACGGUUUGAAAAUGCAUGAUCUCGUUGAGAUGUCCAAAUUUUUCGGUGCGCAACUCCCUCUUGAUGGCAUGCUGUGGUGUGUCGGGGGGAAAAUAACCACCAAUGCAAAUGUACAUUAUUUGAAGGUCUUGAUCCAGCAUUUACUGCCAGCUAUUUUAGUGGAUACAGUCCUCUGGUUAUUGGGUAAGAAGCCUAUGUUAGUGAAAAUCCAACGGCGGAUUUACAUAGCUGACCUAGCUUUACGAUACUAUACGACACAGCAAUGGACCUUCGAUAACAAGAACUUUGUGGCUCUUCGCUCAUCGCUGAAGGAAGAGGAUAAGGAUGCUUUUUAUUACGAACUGGAGAGUCUUGAUAUUCCUACUUUCUUAAUGAAUGGUUGUUACGGUGGGAGAAAGUAUUUGCUAAAGGAAAAAGACGAAGAUCUGCCUGCAGCAAAGGUUCAUUGUAGAAGAAUGGUAAUAUUAGACAAAAUUUGUCAAGUGGUAUUCUACGGCGCCAUCUUCUACUGGAUGUUCAAGAAAGUUAUUGAUUAUUAUAACGUAGAGACUUCAGUCCAGUAG